CACUACUAAGCAAAUUAACGAAAUACAACAUCAAUUAUCAAGAACAAGAUAGAAGUAUGGGAUUAACGUCCAAGCUUGAUAAAUUGAAGAUUAGAGCUUCUAGCGAGGAACUGGAAUCAACCUCUAGCAAAGCUUCUACUCCUCACGGAGAUCAAACAAAAGAUACUGAUGACGUGGAUGAGAUUGACAAUGAAGGACAAUCUAUCUUAUCCGGAAUCAUUGCUCAAUUGAGGCCAGGCUGUGAUUUAUCUAAGAUCACACUUCCAACUUUCAUAUUAGAAAAAAAAUCUAUGUUGGAAAGAAUUACGAACUUCUUUCAAAUUCCUAACCUCUUGUUAGAUGCCAACAAGACUGAAGAUGAAUUGGAACGUUUCAUAGCAGUGCUUAAAUGGUACCUUGCAAGUUGGCACAUUGCUCCUAAAGCAGUGAAGAAGCCAUUGAAUCCUGUGUUGGGAGAAGUCUUCGCUUGUUAUUGGGACGACCUUCCCGAUGGUAACAAAGCAUAUUAUGUGUCAGAGCAAGUUUCACACCAUCCUCCUAAGUCAUCAUACUUCUACUUAGUACCAGAGCUGAAGAUUAGAGUAGAUGGGGUAGUGGUUCCCAAAUCCAAGUUUCUUGGAAAUUCGUCAGCUGCAAUUAUGGAAGGUUGGGGUCAUGUUACUCUUGGUGAGAGAGAUGAUGAAGUAUACAUCAUGAACCAGCCAAAUGUGUACUGUCGUGGUAUCCUUUUUGGUAAACUUAGACUUGAAUUGGGAGACCACAUGUAUGUGAAAUGUGCCAAAACUGGUUUUGAGGCGGAUAUUGAUUUCAAAACAAAGGGCUUCAUUAGUGGUACAUAUGAUGCAAUUGAGGGUGUAAUCAAGAACUCCAAAAAUUCCGAAGUGCUUUACAAUAUUUCUGGUAAGUGGAAUGAAGUCAUGGAAAUUAAGAAUGUGAAGACAGGCGAAAAGAAAGUGUUGUUUGAUACAGCAGGAGCAACCCAAUUAAAAUCUCAAGUUAAACCAUUAGAUGAACAGUGGGAGUAUGAAUCACGGAACUUGUGGAAGCCAACUCUUGAGGGCCUUAGUAAGAGAGAUCACAAUUUAGCUACGGAAGAGAAAUUUAAAGUCGAAAAUGAACAAAGAAUUAUAGCCAAGAAGAGAUUAGAAGCUGGUGUGGAUUUUCAUCCACGUUUGUUUAGACCUGUGUCGGACCUGGAGCAGGACAUUAAGGAUUUGGAGUACAUUAUUUAUAAGCAUAUUGAUUUAUCUGAGGAUGCAGAAUCAUUGAGAAGUUCCGUACUUGAUAUUUUCCCUAUCCUACCUGGGCAGAAGCUUCAUGAAUCAUUUGACAUACCGGGCUAUAAGAAAGCAAGCGGAAAAUCUUAAACACCUAUAAUAUGAAUUAAUUGAUCCGUGAGGUUGAAGAGCUUCCUUGCGUGAAUAGCUUUUUAUGCAAUACUCCAUUGCCUUACCCGGAUAUAUAAUAAUAAUUUACUCUCAAUUUUAAAUACAAUAAUAUACAAUCUACUUAGCA